CCCAGGUGCUUCAAGAAUUUUAGGCCUCCAAUGACAUACACCAACUCAAAGACUGCAUGGAUGACAAAAGAAAUUUUUAAAAACUGGUUUCAUUCAGAAUUUGUUCCACAGGUACUAGUUACGAUUUAAAAACUAAGUUUGCGAUCUUAGAUCUCUUUUAAAGGUACGGGAGUUUAUGAAGAAUAAUAACCUUUCAAAAAAGGCAUUGCUUAUUCUUGAUAAUGCCCCAAGUCAUCGACCUGAAAAUGAACUUCAAAGCGAUGAUGGCUGCAUUCGGACAAUGUUCAUGCCUCCAAAUGCAACACCACUUAUUCAACCAAUGGAUCAAAAUGUAAUAAGGCUCACAAAGUUGCACUACCGAACAAGCCUUUUGUCAGAUGUUAUCUCUAAAGGGCGAGAUGUUGAAAAGAUGUUGAAAAAAUUUAAUUUACGUGACGCUCUGACAUGCCUUCAAGGAGCUUGGGACAAACUUACACCGGAAGUUAUUGAAAAGUGUUGGCAUGAACUGUUUGCAUAUGAAGCUGUUUCUAGUGACGAGGACGAAGAUGUCCGUCUUGCUGUACUACAACAAAGAAUGCAACUGGAGGAAAUAAACCAGGUUUCAACCACAGCACUGAGUAUGCUACAAGAAGUUUUUCCUGACGUAAGUCAAUAAUUUUUUAUUUAUUGAAACAACUGUCAACAUUUAAAUUUAUUUAAAGGUUCCAUGUUCCUCUAACGAUA